AUGACUCUCUUUGACGGCGUCUACCCCUUCUACCUGCAGCAGAGGAAGGCAUCUGUGUUUGACGUCAGCACCAUCAUAGUGAUCGUGGUCUUCCUAACGUUCACUUGCAGCUUCCUGCUCAUCAUCCCGGGCAUCCGCGGACGGGCGAGGCUGUACUGGACUCUCCGGGUUCUCCUCAGCCUUUUUGUGGGAGUGGUGAUCGUCGCCAUCCAGUUCACGGGGGACUGGGAGACUGGCUGGGUGAAGGCAAACACCUCCUACAAGUCCUUCAGCCAUGCCCUGGUGAACGCGGACAUUGGGCUGCAUGUUGGGUUGGCAGGGGUGAACGUCACGCUCAGGGGAAACCCAGUGAAUCAGAUCAAUGAGACCAUCGACUACCAAGAGCACUUUGCCUGGAUGGCAGACCACGCCCGCAGCUACAGGGAAGGUCUGGAGAAGGGGCUGCCCAGCCCCAUCCUCUACGUGGCAGAGAAGUUCACCACACAGAGCCCCGGCGGGGUGCACAGGCAGUACCGCAUCUCCGGUCACUACGCAUCGGCCACUCUCUGGGUGGCCUUUUGCACUUGGCUCAUCUCCAACAUGCUCUUCUCCAUGCCUGUCCUAGUCUAUGGAGGCUACAUGCUUCUGGUCACAGGGGCCUUCAUGAUCUUCUCGUUGCUCUCGUUCUCCACUGUGAGGAACUCCCCGAUGUGCCAAAUCCAGUUUGGGACCGCAACCCUGCGCACAGACUAUGGGGGAUCUUUCUGGCUCACGCUAGCAGUUGGCUUGCUCUGUUUUGUGGCUGGGAUCACUGUUGUUGCACUGCACUACUUCAACCUGGACCUGCUGAAAACAUUCUUUGAUCUCCGUGAGGACAAUGCAGAGGAGUACCAGGAAAUGACUGAAGUCUAUGUCAAUCCUCAUUUUGUGAACAAAGGACUCUCUCUUCCUCAGCCCUCCAAACUCAACCCCAACAGCAUCUAG